UCUAAAAGCAGCAAUUUACGCUUUUGGGAACACUGAAAAAAAAAAAAAGAAAAAGGGGGGGUUUAUCUGCUUGAUAGACCAGAAACGGAGAGACGAAAGAAAGCAGGAGGGAACCGCCAUGGCUGUACAGCUUUCGAGCCUCUGGCUGCCUUCUCCUACAAUCUCUGGUCGGUGCUGUAGCAAAUCAGUGGCAUCUUCCCCUACUCUUCUCUCGUCUGCAACCGCAUCUCUCUCCUCCCCGUCUCCUACCGUUCAGAUUGUUGGUGGGAGAACCCCGAGUUGGAGUGGAAAUGAAACUUCUAAAUACGUGAAUACGGUUGACGAUCACCAAGGAGAGACUGAAUGGACUGAUCUGGAAGCCGAUCUUUGCUACUGGACCAAAGCGUUGCGUCCUGUUCAAUGGUAUCCUGGGCAUAUUGCCAAAACCGAGAAGGAACUUAAAGAACAACUCAAGUUGAUGGAUUUGGUGAUUGAAGUGCGUGAUGCUAGAAUUCCCAUGUCCACUACACAUCCUCAGAUGGGUUCAUGGCUAGGAAAUAGGAAAAGGAUUCUAGUAUUGAAUAGAGAAGACAUGAUAUCCAAAGCAGAUAGAAAUGCUUGGGCAACAUAUUUUGCUAGGCAGGGAACAAAAGUCAUCUUCUCUAAUGGGCAACUUGGAAUGGGCACUAUGAAGUUAGCUCGUUUAGCAAAGGCAUUAGCAGCUGGUGUAAAUGUCAAACGCAGAGCAAAAGGACUGCUUCCUCGUCCUGUUCGUGCUGGAAUUGUUGGGUAUCCAAAUGUUGGCAAGUCAUCUUUGAUCAACCGUUUACUGAAACGGAGAAUGUGUGCAGCAGCUCCUAGGCCAGGUGUUACAAGAGAAUUGAAGUGGGUUCGGUUUGGGAAGGAUCUUGAGUUGCUUGAUUCUCCUGGAAUACUCCCCAUGCGGAUUAGUGAUCAAGCAGCAGCAAUAAAGCUUGCGAUCUGUGAUGACAUUGGAGAGAGAUCGUAUGAUUUCACCGAUGUUGCUGCAAUUCUUGUACAGAUGCUGGAAAGGAUUCCAGCAGUAGGCAGAGGGGCUCUUCAAAAUCGCUACAAGAUUGAUGUGGAUGGUUACUGUGGUAAAACAUUUGUCCAGAAAGUCGCCAUUCAGUUGUUCAAUGGGGACGCCCAUCAAGCUGCAUUUCGCAUUCUGAUGGAUUUUCGAAAAGGGAAGUUUGGUUGUAUCGCAUUGGAGAGACCUCCCUGCUGAUGCUGUUGGAUGUGAUACUGCACGAGGCAAAUCUUUGAUUUCUCGAGGAUGCCAAAUCAAAAAAGGUUAUCAAAAUAGAACUUGGAAAUCCUCAGAUUGAAGGAAGAUGCAAAAAGUCCAUCAAGAUGGGAUGCCGUGAAAGAAGAGAACUCCAUUAGAAAUCAUCAGAUUGAAGGGACCUAUUGCAGGUUGGUUCUGAAAUACAUUGAAGGCUCUUGAAGCUUGAUUCGAACAGAUAGUAAGUUUCCAUCUCAGGGUUUAUUCAACCAUCUUAUAGAGUUGUUUUCUCAUUAGCAACCAUAACUAGUGACAAGUAGGUGAAAAUGUCUUGUACUUAUUGCAGACUGUAAAUUAUUUCUCCAAGCAAAGAAGUAUAGCAAAGCAUCUUUCAUUUUUUUAAAA